GCGGCUUGGUCACUGGAUCUGGGAAGAGUGUCUCUGGGAUUUGGAAUUGCAAUCAUUUCUUAUGCGGGGCCUAUAUAUAUUGCGGAAAUUACACCAAACAAUAUUCGAGGAGCAUUAGCAUCGGCUAAUCAGCUGAUGCUUACUUGUGGCUUCUCCCUAACAUAUGUCCUUGGAACUCUUGUAUCCUGGCGCAUCUUGGCUCUAAUUGCCGUUGUUCCAUGCUUUGUGCAAUUGUUUGGUAUAUUCUUCAUUCCUGAAUCCCCUAGAUGGCUGGCAAUUAUUGGUCGAGAGAAUGAAUUAUACACCACUCUGCAGCGGCUUAGGAGUAAGAAAUCUGAUAUUUCUCAAGAGGCCGCUAACAUAAAAGCUUAUACAGAGGUCUUUGAGAGGCAAUCAGAGGAUAGAUUUUUUAGCCUUUUCCAGCAUAAAUAUGCCUAUUCAGUCACUGUUGGAAUUGGUCUUAUGAUACUGCAGGAAUUUGGACGGGAGACUGCAAUUGGAUCUUAUGUGAACUCAAUUUUUGAAGCUGCAAGCUUUCCAAGUACACUUGGGUCAAUCUCAGUGGCUAUGAUUCAGAUUCCUACAGUUGCUCUAUCUGUAAUCCUAAUCGAUAAAUGCGGAAGAAGACCACUUCUUAUGGUUUCCAGCAUUGGAAUGUGCUUAAGUUCGCUCCUUGUUGGAUUAUCCUUCUACUUUCAGGACCAUGGCUAUUCGGAUGAGAUCACUCCAAUUUUGGUUUACAUUGGCAUAUUGGGAUAUACUGCAACUUAUCCAAUAGGCAUGGCAGGGUUACCAACAGUAAUAAUGUCCGAGAUAUUCCCAACAAAUGUGAAAGGCUCUGCCGGAAGCCUUCUGGUUUUUACUAGCGCGGCAUGUGGUUUGAUUGUUUCGUACUCUUUCAAUUUUAUGAUGGAAUGGAGCUCAGCAGGAACAUUUUUCAUAUUCUCAGGCGUAUGCGGUUUAACAAUCCUAUUUGUUGCAAAGAUAGUUCCAGAGACUAAGGGACGAACACUUGAAGAAAUACAAGCUUCCAUGUCCCAAUUUAACCAAUAACAGAAUUCUAUACAUCUAGUUGAUUUAUUGGAGAAACAAUUACAAUUAACAAAGGUUUGAUUCAAUUUUCUUCUAUGUUGGUAGGAACAUAGCAUUUAUCUUUUAUAUAAAUUAUAGAACUUAGCUUAAUCAUGUAAAUGACAGUUUUUUGCCUUUUCCAUCAGCUCAGGAAAUCUGAACCUCUUAUUAUUCUAAAGUUUUUGCAGCAAAUGAUACAUUCCAUUUCUUUUCUUUAUAAU